GGACACUCCCUUUUGCUAUGUCUAUUUACAGGUAUUUUUUCCUGGUCUAGACUCUUGUUUGUCUUGCUCCUCUGAGGACCCUCUCCGUUGUCUGUAACAGAUCUGUAGUCGUCUCCUCAUCAUGUCCUCCAGCUCCAGAUCUUCAGAGGACGUCAAAGCGCUCCUUCAGUCCAGCACAAUGACCAACCCACAGCUGACCGUGGACUUCUACAACAGCUGGUCCGAGACUUACGAACAGGUGAGCAGACAUAUGACACUGGUCCUCUGGAUCCAGAACACACAAAAAUAAGGGUGUCGUUGGAAUUUUCAAUGCUGAAAGAUAACCAAUGGGCGGCACAGUGGUGUAGUAGUUAGCACUGUCGCCUCACAACCCGAAGGUCCUAGGUUUUUAAUCCUGGUCAGGGCAUUUCUUGUUUAAGGGGGGACAUGAGCUGCUUGGCGGAGGUCUGCGCUCUCCGAGUGCUUUUCUAGUUAUAAAUGGGUCCCACGUGAAAGUAAAAAGCAGUGGCGCUACUGUAGAUGCCAACAGACUACCAGCAAACACAAUGUUUGCAGGACUUCUACAGCUAGGAUAAAGUGACAUAGUCCAGGACCUGAGGUCAACAGUUUAGCGGCGCUACAACACGCCAGAGCAGUCGAUUAAACAGAGUGGCGACACUCCCAUAGACACUGCUCUGCAACACGCUACAGCAGGUCCCUUUUGACAAGAAACACUUAUGUUACAGACACUUGGCUUACUAGAGGACUCAGACUUCCUCUUAGACCCGAUUAGAGACUGGAUUCCUGUUUUUUAUCCGUUUAGGCGUACAGUCUUUGCAUACAUGUUCGCAGGGCUCUCAAGUUUUGAACUAAGCUUAGAGUGAGAUUUCCUUGGGGGGGGGGGGGGGGGGGGUCGAAGAGUGAUUGAAGAUAAUUAUUAGUAUAAUAAUCUAAUAAAUACAAUGAAGUAUGAGGGCCACUUUAAGAAAGAAAAAAACAUUUUUAAAUCUUUGAGAUUAAAGUUAUUAUUUAGGAGAAUAAAGUCAUUAAUGACUUUAAGAAUAAAGUAGUAAAGUUACCUGUUGUGGAGGAGAGUUGUUAAAAUCAGCACUGAGGAGCAUUUAGAUGAAUUGUACUUUAGUAUAGGUUUCACAGACAUGGAGAUACUUAAUCAUUUGGUAUAUCAGCAUUACACUGUCACGAGUAUCAGAACUUUAAAAAGAAUAUAUGAGAAAUGCUGCUUUUGUGGAGGGGAAAUGGCUGUACAGAGGCUAAAUUCAUCAAUGCAGCUGUUAAUAGCAAUAGCAUAGGGCUUUAGUUUAUCAUAUGAGUUUAUCUGCCAUGAGGUGUUGAGGUCUCUGCAUGUGUAGGUUACUGACUUACUGUAAUCAUCGGGUCUAUCUCGUCCUUAUAAAAACCUGCUCUAUUUCGGCAAGUGUCUGUCUUCUUCUGUAGUCAAACCGCAAGAUAUCAAAAUCUACCCAGAUACAGCAAUGCUGCUUUUUGAUUGGCUGUUCAGUAGAUAUACUUUAUUUGAUUGGCUUGCGCGUGGCACGCAGCUUCUGAACUCUCGGAGAAACUCCGUUGAUUUCCCCCUGUUCCAUAGUUAAAGAGGUGCAACUUGAUGGACAUCACCAUGUUCAUUUAAAUGCGUGAGAAAUACAAUGUGUGGCGUGUGAGCGUGUGAACGAGUGGGAAUGCGUGUGUCUCACGCUGAAUGCGUGAGACUUGAGAGCCCUGUGUUCGGCCUUGUUCAGAUAUUGAAAUAAAAACAAACUAAACCUGCUUGGUCAGAGGAAAGGUCACAGGAUGGAAAAUCACUGAAACCGUUUGUCAUCACUUCACACCUGUUUUCUUAUUAGUUGGGUCACAAAGUGAGAUUCUGUGACCAUCCUCUGGCAAGGAUGUUUUGAUGUUUGAUUUGACCUCUAUGGACCCUUUGGAAAAGAUUUAGCCCCCAGGUCCCUCGCAAAAAUCCCGGCAUUUUUUGCUAGACAGCCAAAUUCAAGAUGGCGGCCGGCGCCAUCUCUAAAAAUUAACUUUUGAUCUGGAUGACCUAGAAUCAUGUAUGAAGGCACUUUUCCAUACAAGUCAACCAUGAGGAUUCCAAAUCUGACAUAGUUUUAAUCAUACAACUUUGUUUUGACCGCGAUAUUCAAGAUGGCUGCCAUCUAGUACUGUGAUUCUCAACCUUUUCAGGACUUGACCCCCCAAAACAAUCAUAUUUGAACUGGGUAAACCCCAAUUUGUUUGAGUCUGUUCCACAUAUAAAUAUUGUGAAAAUAGCCGAUCUACAAGCCUGUAACACCUUGUAUUGUGAGGCGUGUGAGCUUGCAGAUCGUCUAUUUUCACAAUUUUUGCCUUUUUCUUAUAUUAUUUGACAAUUUGGCCAAUGGUUUAGCAUUGUUUGUUGAUUACUUUGGAUGCAGUGAUGAUCUUUUUCUUUGAGGAUCUUACAAGUCCUAACAUUAUCAUUUCACUGUCAUCUGGGGGUACGCCACCAACCAAUGAUCAAGUACAGAGAAAACUUAACAACAACAUAAAGGCCAGUGAAUAUUGCACUCAAACUAUCCAGUAUGCUUGAUUCAUGUCAGCAGCAGCAGUACUUAACUCAGGCAAUUUGAUUGGCUGUCCCUUCAUGUCAGGGAUCAUCUUUGGGUCGACUUAAUGGUAUAUGUGGCUUCAUUACACAGACUACCACACUGGAGAAUACAUGACAGUCUGUCUGUUCUUGUUGGUAUAUUAUUUUCUUCCAUAUUCAAGCAGCCAUGUAUUCUGCAUGCACACUGUCUUUACAGAUCAAAUGUGUAGCUCCUCUAACUGUGGGCUCAAAAGAAUGACUGAGGCAACAUUUAGGAAAGCAGCAGCACUAAACAAGCAGCAUGUGCUAACAUGCCCUGACAUGAAGGGACAGGAGGGUGGAGGGUGGCGGACCUCGCGCAGUUGUAUUUUCAUCUGGCGGAGCCCGAUGAACCGGCGUACAGCCAGUUUGGUAUUUUCAUGGACUGAGGCGCACGGAGGCGAACCGAGAUCUGCCAAGCUGGGAGUGGUGGCGUGGCAGGGGGAGGUGUCGACAGAAUCAGCGGGCGCAGUGACAUUUUCGUGCUCGCCAAUGGCAUGUAAAGUGCACUGAAAGCUCGCCGAUUCAAACCUGGUCAGCUUUCAGCGCAGGCAGAGUGCAGCUGGUCUACUAGUAUUUUGGUAGACCAACGGCAUAUCGGCAUACGUCACCGAUGCCUCACCAGCAGGUUUCCACAGUUUCAGGCACAUUUCAGUGCAAUAAAUAAUCAUCAACUAAUAAUCUGAGUCAGCACAUACAUUUAGAUCUAUAUAGAUAUAUUCUGAUCUAUAUCUGAUCUGAUGAGCGCGUUUGGCACGCGUAUUUCUCGUGCAACUCGACCUGGACACGUCUCCGUGUCCUCUCUCUGUCCUGCUGCAGCUGAACAGAUGAUUUGUUUCAGUGCUCAGAUGAGUUAUUUACUUUAAGCCUACAUACUAAUAUUAUAAUAUUCAGUUUUGUGAGGCAAAUUUAUUUUAUAUGCCAACAUCUAUGAAAGAAAGAGCCAGGCCACGGAGCGCGAUGCAUCAUUUACACACAGAUGGUUCCGAUUUUAAUGCCAUUUUUGGAGUUUAUGUUGUGAUCUGUGCGCUCAACCCGCCUUUGUCACAUGAAGUUUGAAUAUGUGCAACUUUAUGUGAGUGUCUUUAUUUGUGGAAAAGGGUGUUUGUCUUACCAGUGGGUCCAACAUUACACACACCAAAUCCAUCUGUGCUGAUAUGAGAGAGUGUGGAGGACGCCAAAUGCAGCGCUUACAGUGACACUUGUUGAGGAGCUGCCUUCUGUCGCCAUCGUGUGGCAUUACUGUCUUCAGACAUCUCUUGAUCUCUCUGACUACUCCACGGAAAUAGUAAUACGCCUCACUGAUGGCGGAUUUAAAGGCAAGGAGAAGAGCCUAUGUGAUUGGUGAAAACAGGCCUCGGCUGUGUUAAACCCACUCCACGCCCUCUCUCCUCGACGCCCACGCCCUCGCUACGACUUACGCCGCUGGGAGGAGCUGAGUUAGGGAGGGGGGAUACUUACGCCGGGCUGCACUGCUCACCAAAAUACCAAACUGUGCUUGGGAACGCCUUGUCGGCGCGGCGGACCUGACUUAUGCCGCGCCUGUGGCAUGUCUCCGGCGAGGCACGAAAUAGAGCCCCAUGUGUUACGGGCUUGUAGAUCGGCUACUUUCACAAUAUCUAUAUGUGGAACAGACUCAAACAAAUUGGGGUUUACCCAGUUUAAAUAUGAUUGUUUUGGGGGGUCAAGUCCUGAAAAGGUUGAGAAUCACAGUACUAGAUGGCAGCCAUCUUGAAUAUCGCGGUCAAAACAAAGUUGUAUGAUUAAAACUAUGUCAGAUUUGGAAUCCUCAUGGUUGACUUGUAUGGAAAAGUGCCUUCAUACAUGAUUCUAGGUCAUCCAGAUCAAAAGUUAAUUUUUAGAGAUGGCGCCGGCCGCCAUCUUGAAUUUAGCUGCCUAGCAAAAAAUGCCGGGAUUUUUGCGAGGGACCUGGGGGCUAAAUCUUUUCUAAAAGGUCCAUAGAGGUCAAAUCAAUCGUAAAAACAUCCUUGCCAGAGGAUGGUCACAGAAUCUCACUUUGUGACCCAACUAUAUGGUCCACAAUAACAGCGACUCGAUGUCUGAAAUCAGCUGAACAUGUGACUGAAAUACUAACCAUCACCAUGAACCAACAGGACUGUGAGACCAUCUGCUACAGAGCUCCUCAUCUGGUGGUCGACGUUCUGAACGCAAACUUCUCUGGGAGUCGAGAAGGUGUUCAGGUUCUGGACGUGGCCUGUGGGACCGGCUUGGUCGCUAAACUGGUGAGCGAAAACACUUUUGGAUUUGAUAAAGCUAAAAUGAAAUUAAUCCUGUUUGGUUCAGUGAUCAGGACGUCAGUCUUUCAGGUUUUUUAAUCCUGCUGCUUUCCUGUACACUCUCUUUGUUUGUGUGUACAGAUGUCAGCGCACGGCUUUAAACACUUUGUGGGAGUGGAUGGUAGUGAGAAAAUGCUGAAACUAGCUGCUGAGACAGGCCUCUAUCAGGACCUCAGACUGGCUGUACUGGGAACAGAACCUCUGCCGACAAAGACCGGUAAACUGGAAACCUCAAAAACAAUCCCACACAUAUACAGAAAAAAAAAAUCUGAUACGACAACUUUAAACAUCUGAAAUCUGACUCACAGUUCAAGUUGAAGACCUGGAGCUUUAACAUCUUAACAUGAGCAGAUCUGCAGGAUCAGGAGACAGUCAUACGUUAGUUUCUGAAGGUUCAGGUUAUGGAGGAGAAAAGAUCGAUUUCUGGCAGAUAUUAUUGGAUCUUCCAACAUGGAGAAAUCUGUGUGUUUAACCAUCAGAAGAUUGAAGUGAAUAUAAUCAGGGUAAAUUUGUAAUAAAAAACACUGAGGAUUAUAAUGUUUGACAUAGAACAGAUGUUUUCAGCGCUGAGAAAGCUUGACUCUGAAAGGUGGAAAAUCCAACAUAAACUCAGUCAAACAGGAAACAGGAUGAGAUCUGAAGAAGAGUCUGAGCGUCUUUUAUUGUCCAGACGACAAACAGAGUCUCGACCAAAACUGAGGAAAAACCUCUUUAAGUUUUUCCUCUUCUCCCUUUUAUAUCUGAAUCUGUGUGUAUCUGAAUACAGUCAAUGUGUACUGUUUGUAUCUCUAAUAUGUGUGUGUGUGUGUCUUCCGUCAUCACGGGUAUAUCAUAUCUAUCCUCCAGGAUAGGUUCCUCGUGAUGACGUGUUGUACUUUUCUCUGAAUCUCUUCGUUUAGAUUUAGAUUAUAAAAACAUAUAUAUAUAUAUAUAUAUAUAUAUAUAUAUACUGUAGAUAUCUACAGUAUACUAUAUACUGUAAAUAUACUGUAGGCAGUAAAAGUAUACUGACUUUUACUUAAUGACUCUGUUUUAUGAUGUUUUUAUGUUUUAUACUGUGAAGCACUUUGUGUACCCGUACUGCGAAAAGCACUAUAUAAAUAAACCUUUACUUACUUUACUGACUUACUUAGGCUACUGCUCUACUGCUCCAGGAAGACUGACUGAUCAAACUCGGACCAGAAAAGCGUUUUCAGCUACGCCAAAAGAUAAUUACUCUAAAUUUAAUUUCCUAAAUGUAUGAAACAAUUCGACUACAAAGUCCAGUCCAGUCCAGCUGUGGUGAGACGCCUCCUCAUCCUGUUUUAUUUUGGCUGGACUUCCUGUUUUUCCCUGUUUGCCUGGUCUGGCUUCACUCUUUUCCAGAGCUUCCUCCCCUCCCCCGGCGCUGAGGCUGAGUGAGACGACACACCUGCUCCUCAUCUCCAAUUAAGGGACUUUAAGAAGCCUGCAGCCCUCAGUCUCAGCGCCUGAGUAUUGUCUACCCUUCCUCCUGGCCUUCCUCGUGGUAUAACUUUGAGAACUUUGCUCCUAGUGACUCUUUUUCAUGUUCUCUCACUCCUUUCUCCUCUGGUUUCUCCUGCAGUGUCUCCAGCCCACACGACAGCCAGCCAACCAGCCAACCACCCGGACUUCCUUUGUUUCCUUAGCUAUCCCUUUCUGUUUUGGACAUUAAAUUCGCUUUACGUUGAUCCCUGUCUCAGUGUCUGCUUCUGGGUCCUCACUACGAGCCUGCCUCACAACACCAGCUCAAAGAUACCAGGCAGGAACCAUGAACUGGACCUAAACUCUCAGAAAGAGUUGAACAGCUGCUGCUCUGGUUUUUAGGACCUGGGGUCCGUUUCACGUAGCAGGUUUAGUGGAAACUCCGAGUUUGUUAACCCUGAAAUCAGGGAAACUCUGAGUUUUCCGUUUCACAAAGGAGGGUUAGUUAAACCAGGGAGAGAGGGGUAACUCUAACCUGUUUCACGAAGAGAGGUAACUCAACCUCGCGGUCAGUUACCACAGUAACAGACUCCGUGAACCUAACCUGCUCGGGAGCAGGUUUAACUCAGUAAACCCAGAGUUUCAGGUGAGACAUCGGCAUUUUCUCAUUUUGAUCAUGUUUUACAUUGUCAAGUAAGUAUUAAGUGGCAGUUUGAUCCCUUAAAAAAUGCUCUUUUCACACUCAAAACUGAAUUUUACUCUAUUAUGUUCCGUUAAAUGAUUAGGAAUAUUAAACUAACACAAAAACAGGUGGUGGUCCAGCAGCCCCACCUUUAACGGAGGCAGAGGAGCUGCCCCCCACCCCCCCCGUUCGACGAUCGCGGCCGGUCCGAUCGCAAACACCCCCCCCCACAGACACACACACACACACACACACACACACACACACACACACACGCACACCAGUCCGACGAUCGCUGCUACGGGGUGGGGGUUGCGAUCGUCGAAGGGGGGGCAGCUCCUCUGCCUCCGUUAAAGGUGGGGCUGCUGGGCCACCACCCGUUUUUCUGGCAUCUGCCCUCUUUCUGUUUGCUGAGUGAAAGUCUAAUAUUGCGUGUAGUGUGUGUUAGUUUAAUAUAUGUACAUAUACAUACUGAGAGUUAGUUUAAUAUUCCUAAUCAUUUAACGGAACAUCAUAAGAGAGUAAAAUUCAUUUUUGAGUGUGAAAAGAGCAUUUUCUAAGGGAUCAAACUGCCACUUAAUACUUACUUGACAAUGUAAAACAUGAUCAAAAUGAUUCAAGCAGUUUCCCUGCAACAGUCUGUCAUUGUGAUGGCACGAGACUAGAUUUAAAGUUACGCAUUGACGCGAGCAGCGAUUUCCUCCCAAGCCCUCUCCCUCUCCUUUGCAGCUGCUGCUGUAUUGCGCUUUCUUUUAAAAACGUGCUGUAAUUCGCUGUUGGCUUGCUGCUGCCCCCUCCUUCUCCCUGUUCUAUUGGUUGUUCAUUGAAUCUGCGCUCCACAGAUGCUGGCUGUUUAUGUCUGGCGUGCACGUGCUUAACUCCAGGUCAAACUACUCGGAGUUGUUAAAACCGUCUCAAAUCAGGAGUUGUGAAACCGGAAACUCAGAGUUUCCUAACUCAGAGUAGAUCAACUCAGAGUUAAGGAUUUAACUCAGAGUUUGUUGAACCACCUACGUGAAACGGACCCCAGAUCUUCGCUCUCUCUCUCUCUCAAAGCUUCAGUUUUAACUUCAUGUCUUCAUGGUUGGACCUUCAGCUCUGAUCAGCGUCUGUCUUUAGUCUGAACUCUGAGGUUCCACAUCAGAACAGAGUCCAAGGACUUCUUUAACAUCUUCUUCUCCUGGUCUCAGGUGUGUUUGACGUGGUCAUCGUUGUUGGGGGUCUGGGUCCCGGUUGUAUUCCGGUCCAUGUGGUCAGGGAGCUCUGUGAUGCAGCCAAACCAGAUGAGAACAUGAAGCUCCUGUCCUCCAAACCAAACCAUCUGAGGACGUCUUCUUUGGGGACACUGAGAGACCAGCAUGAGGUCCACUGUGAGGUCUGGUCUUCAGAGAGUCCCCCUCCUCACUAUUCAAGAUCUUUCUAAAGAGGUUUUCCACCAAACUGUCUCUGAGUGAACCGUCUGCUGUCUGUCUGUCUGCAGGAGGUCUGGUCUGCAUGAGCCUAGGAGACCACCUAGGAGCCAAGAGUCAAAGGUUCAAGGCUGAUCUGGAGAUGGAGCUGCAGCUGAUGGAGCAGGAGGGUCAGUGGACUCAGCUGGGAAUCAAACGCAUCGACAGGUACAUGGGCAACACACAUCAGAGCACCGAGGGAGACCGAGACCACCAGCAGGGGGAGCAGUUCAUCAGCGGCUUUAUCUACCUGUACAGGAAGUCCAGUCAAAGGGUCUCAAACAAUCCGAAAACAGGAGUCUGAUCCUGGACCGAACAAAUCCGGCUGUGAUCAGGGUCAGGAGGAUCAGGAUCAGGGUCAGGAUCGUGAAUAAACCUGAAAAUUUUCUCUAA